AUGCCGUUCUGUUCAUACAAAUAUUCGGCGCUGGCGCAGAACGAUCCGGAGGCGCUCGGAGAAGAAGAAGAGGCGGGAGCUUUUAAGAUGGCAAAUCUCGAAGGAUAUUCUGGAAUCGAUUUCGGAGAUCCGAGCCAGAGCGUUAUGGAAUACGGAAUGCCGGAGGGUUCGUUCGACUCUGCAUUCACCUACGCGCCAUAUAAUGACCUUGAUAAAAUGGGUUACGUUGGUCCCAAACGGUAGUUUUCUCUGUUUUUUCUUUUCGAGUGUAUUCACAAACUCUUCUCAGACACGGACUGGUUCUUGGGAGUAGAUACGGCAACUUCACAUACACAAGAGAUUACGGAACGGAUUCGGAAGAAAACGUGAGUGAACAGCUCUUCCGUCUCGAACAUCUCAGACUUCUGUUGUAGUUGAAGCCUCUGAACACAGUCGAACUGAUGAUUUACGGUCUCUCAAUGCUGUUCGUCCUGAUGACGAUGCCAUUAUCUCUUCUUUUCGCGCUGAAGGUAACUUAAUUGAAGACCGGUUCUGUUCUACGAAUAAGAUCGAGAUUAGAGAACCGAAUCACUGUUUCGUCAUCCAAUUCAAUCGUUUCAGUUCGUCUCCACCAGCGAGAAGUUGGUGGUUCUGCGGCUCGGACGGGCUCAGAAGACGAGAGGUCCGGGCAUUGCUCUCGUGGUCCCGUGCAUCGAUACCACUCAUAAAGUGACCACUUCCAUCACAGCAUUCAAUGUGCCGCCCCUCCAGGCAAGAAUCUAGAAGAGGAAGAAGAAGAAUGAAAAAUGCAUUACAGGUUAUCACAACGGACCGAGGCCUUGUCGAACUGGGAGCGACCGUGUUCCUCCAGAUUCGGGAUCCGAUCGCUGCGGUUUGUGGAGUCCAGGACAGAAAUUCGUCGGUGCGGACACUGGCGAACACGAUGCUCUACCGAUACAUCAGCAAGAAGCGUCUAUGCGACGUGACCAACUCGCAGGAUCGGAGAAUUAUGGCGGCGGACUUCAAAGACGAACUCGGAGCAUUCACUUGCCAGUUCGGAGUCGAGAUAAAAGAUGUGGAAAUAUCGGAAGUGAAAAUAGUGAAGGAAGGGGAGAACAUGGGUUUGUCUGCACUGAAUACGGUCGCGAAAUCGGAUGCUGGACAACAGUUGUGGCAAGUAAUUGGACCUGCAUUCGAAGACUUUGCGAAGGAGUGUGCGUCAGAAGAGAAGGCGAAGAAAGAGAACGAAACGCUGGUGGACCUGUCAGAUGGACCCUCCACUUCGACACCGUCUUGCUCGAGUUCUCCCUCAGUUGACGUCGAUCAUUUGAUUACCGUGGCGAACCUCGCGAUUGAUGAACACCUUGUUCGUCUCAUCGGCCGCGUUUUCCAAAUAAACUGCAAAGACGUCGAACCACUAUGCAUUGAUUUGAAGCAUGGAGCAGGAAGUGCCUACAAAGGAACCGCUCUGAACCCGGACGUCGUGUUCGAAUCGUCGUACGAUGUAUUCGUGAAGAUAGUCACCAAGGCGGUGUCGCCCGUCACUGCAUACAUGAACGGAUCUCUCAAGGUCCGAGGAAGCAUCCAGGAUGCCAUGCAGCUGAAACAUCUUGUCGAACGAAUGGCCGAUUGGCUUUAG